AUGCAAGAAAACAACAAAGUCGACGUUUCCGAUAACCCUUCUCCCCCUCUGCCACCGCCACCGCCGCCACAACAACAACAACAUAACCGCCGACCAAGAACCCGUGAAGUCAGCUCCAGAUUCAUGUCUCCGUCUAUCCCCUCCACUCAAAGACGGCAACAGCGAGAUGAUUCCGACGACGAGAAUUCUGAAUCCUCGUUCCCGAUCGGAUAUUCUUUUCAGAAAAAGCUACAACAACAAAGAACUGUGAAGCUUUUCAAAGAGACAACAAAUAGGGUUUUCGAUAAUAUCCCGAACCCUAGUUCCAGUUCUCAUCACCCUUCAAAACAACCACCUUCAAGAAUCGCCACACCUUGUCCUUCUCGACCUGAUACUCCAACCCAUACUAUGUCUAUCUCUUCAAGAUACAGGCAAACACCACACCAACAACAUCAUAGGUCUAUCAAUGCCCGUUCUUCAGCUGCUUCAAAAUUGCUUCAAUCUACUGCCAUGUCAUCAUCCAGAAGUUCACGUGAUGAUAUUGAUAUUCAUUGCAGUACACAAUCACUUCCUGAAUUGCGUCCUGAAACCGGGGAUGUUUUGGUGCAGCAACCUAAGGUGCCUACGGGAUCCGUAGCUGAAAAGUUCGGUAACAAUUUGUCUCGUUCGGUUAGUUUGUCUUCUUCUGGCGUUGAUCGGGUUAAGGUUGGAGGGCUGCCUCCAGUUCCUCCUCAGUUUGCGAAAUCUGCAGCCGAUUCAAGGAAAGGGAAGAAAGGUAGUCAACAGGAUGAUGUGACUUCUCUCAAGUUGCUUCAUAAUCGUUAUUUGCAAUGGAGAUUUGCCAAUGCAAAAGCUGAAAACGCAAACAAAGUUCAGCAAAAAGAAUGCGAGAAAGCACUAUUAUCUCGUGCAAUGAAAAUAUCAGAAAUGCGUGAUUCUGUCAACAAGAAACGCAUAGAAUUGGAGCGUUUGCGGAGAUUACAGACCCUAUCAAUAGUUCUUGAAGCUCAAACUCCAUAUCUAGAUGAGUGGUCUGCUUUGGAAGAAGAUUUUUCCGUUUCCAUCACUGAAGCAAUCCAGGCUUUGUUGAAUGCCUCAGUACAACUUCCAACUGGUGGGAAUGUUCGGGUUGAUGUAAAAGAGGUGGGGGAGUCUCUGAAUUCAGCACUAAAGAUGAUGGAAACAAUUAUUUCCAAUACCCAAAAAUUAAUGCCAAAGGCAGAAGAAAUAGAUACUUCUAUUUCAGAAUUGGCCCGAGUUGUUGGAGGAGAAAGAGCUCUUAUUGACGAGUGUGGAGGUUUAUUGUCAAAGACACAUAAGUCACAGGUGGAGGAGUCUAGCUUAAGGGCUCAGCUAAUUCAACUAUAUUCAUUCUGGCAUAAGAAUAAGAGUAAAGAAUAG